AUGAAACCGAACGGCAGCGUGGCAAACGUUGAGAGAAACCCGCCUAAGGUAGCCGCAGCACCAGCGACAACCGACGACAGUACGUUCGCGAUUGUGAGCAAACAAUUUCUCUGCUGCACUCCGGUUCGAUCGAUCCGGUGGCAUGGUUUGCUAAACAACGAACUGUCCUGGGAGCAGCAGGCCCGCUUGCUGGACGUCACAGUAGACCAUCCAUUGGUGCUACGUUAUCCGCUCAGCUUCGACUAUCAAGCGGCGUUCCUGAAGCACAUUAUCGCACAGCUGUCAAGGAUGAACGUUGAGCAGCACGAUCGGUUGUACGAAAAAUACUGCGCGAUGCUUGCUCCUGGAACGGAGCUUCCCCUGGACGACCCGUCCAUCGGGUUGAGCUACAAACAUUACGAGCUGCCGCACGGGCAGGGUGUCAUUUCGCUGAAGGAAUCUGGCGCGUUCGUGUCGGAUGGAACUACUGGGCUGUGCAGCUGGCAGGCGGCCAAAGCACUUUGCGAACACAUAUCCAACAACCGGGACGAUUUUCACGGCCGUAACAUCCUCGAGCUCGGUUCGGGCGUGGGUCUGUCCGGAAUCUACCUAGCGAAGUGCUAUGAACCCUCGAUCAUCGUAAUGUCUGAUUGCCACUCGUCAGUGCUCUCCGCGCUGAAGGAAAACGUCAAGCUUAACUUUCCGAACGCCGCAUCGGUGGAUUGUGACAAUCCUUUAGUCAGCCUGCUGCUGGACAGCGGCAACACGCUGAUCGGCGUGAUGGAUCUGGACUGGCAGUACGUGAGUGCGUCCAACCUCAGCCAGCUGAUCGAACCGGACGUAAUCGUGGCGGCGGACAUCGUGUAUGAUCAUACGCUCUUUCCGGCUCUUCUGUCGACGCUGAACUACAUUUUCUGCCUGUCAAACAAUCGGUGCAAAUUCGUACUGGCGUGUACCGAACGCAACCAGGAUACGCUGAAUGAGUUCCUGCAGCUGCUAAUCACGGCGAAGUUUCGCAUCAACGAGGAGACGGUUUCACCAUCGCGCCACUUCAACUGGGACAGCAGCGCUUCCACCAUACGGAUCUUCACGAUUUCGAGGGCUUUCGCGUAGGAACGAACAAUAGCAACCGCUGCACGGAACUUUGCUUCUCUCCCAUCGUCUUUUGAUAACAUUUUUCAAGUUUCACUUCGCUACGUCAAAACAACAACCUACUCUUAUAUGCUUCCGUUGAGCAUGUACUUAUCUUAAACUAAAUUGAUCGAAACUAUAUCACUCAUCUAUUCUUACUCGCUAUCGCUAAUGAUGUAACCUCCUUCGUGCUUAAACGGCGCGGCCAUGCACAUGCACGGCUUGCUGCACCGCACGCUCUUAACGACCAACAUUGGCCAUGGGCGACAUAUCCUCAGCCCGUGGACUAGACGAAACAAGACAUAUAAAGAAACGCAAAGUAUAAAGCUUAGGCUAAAAAAAUAAAUAGAUUAAAAUAAAUAGACAAACCUUAAAGUACACUUAUGCACACCGUACACGAGCAUACCACGAGCGG